AUGAUAAUCAUCACCCUGAAAAUGGCACAGCAAAUGGACAAAUUCUGGGUAAUCUGUGCUGACAUGGCUGCCCAGUACUCAGUGCCUGACCCCAGCACUCCAGCAAAAAUGUUCAUGAAUUAUCGAGGCCUGGCAAGCUAUUUGUCAAGUGGAGGUGACAGCUACUGGGUGAUUGGCCCAGACUAUGAUAGCUAUGCCAUCACCUAUGCCUGCUGCAGUCUGAAAGAGGAUGGAUCCUGCGUUGACGGCUACUCCCUUAUUUUCUCCCGCAAUCCCCGCGGUCUUCCCCCAGCCAUUCAGCCCAUUGUGCACCAGAAGCAGGAAGAAAUCUGUAUGUCUGGCCAGUUCCAGCCUGUACUACAGUCGGGGGCCUGUUAAAUCAAAACACCUCCCAUCCAGAGUUGGAGCAGAGGCCAGAUUUCUGCAUCUUGAAGUUGUCCGUGUAUAGAUUGGAUUAGAGCUUUUCCUCAAACACAUCUGUUGGUUUAUUUUUUAUUUUAUUGCACUUGGGAGCAACACAUAUUGCUUAU